GUGUGUCACGCGUGAUACGCUAUACCAACUUACGUUUUGACCUUGUUUAUGUGUAAUAAAUGUAAUCCGAAUGAAAAAUUAAUGCUACCGUACCUUGUUGUUCGAUGGCGCACCUUCCAGGCGUUGUUCAUGGAGCGAUAAGCAGCGGCAAGAACGACUGAGAGAACCUCAAAACCAAUGAGUGACCUCAAAAAUGGGUUGCAGAUGGGCUUUCGGGCAGUACUUCGGUAUAUGUUCGACGUUGCUAAGGCAGGGGAUGAGAAAGCAGGUAGUGGAGAGUGGCAACUAACAUUGAAGGGAAAAUGGACUUAUGGUUACGGUGGGGAUGAUCUCAUUUCGUUACCAUGCUGGUAGAUCUAAUAGUUUCUACUGUAGGCAGGGUGGUAGUGCAAUGCACAAUGACUCCUUUGGAAAGGAAGUACUAUAAGGGCUAC